AUGGCUUCAAUGCAAUCAACAAAUCAUAUUAUAAUGGUUCGACCAGCUUGUUUUUGUUUUAAUACAGAAACAGCUAUUUCAAAUGCAUUUCAAAAUGAUCAAUAUGCUGAUUCUUCAUCAGCAGAUAAAAUUCAACAACAAGCAUUAAAAGAAUUUGAUCAUAUGGUUGAUAAACUUCGUUCAUAUGGUGUUCAUGUCGAUGUAUUUGAUGAUACAUUAUCACCAAUAAAACCUGAUGCUAUUUUUCCAAAUAAUUGGUUUACAACACAUUCCGAUGGAACAAUUAUUCUCUAUCCAAUGCUUGCAGAAAAUCGUCGUCUUGAACGUCGACAUGAUCUUAUUAAAAAAUUAUCUCAAACAUAUCAUGUUACAGCUAUUAUUGAUUUAAGUGUAUAUGAACAACGAAAUCAAUAUCUUGAAGGUACUGGUUCAUUAUUACUUGAUCGUAUAAAUAAAAUUGUUUAUGCUGUACGAUCACCACGUACACAUGAAACAAUUAUUCAACAUUUUACUAAAUUAAUGAAUUAUCAACAACCUCCUAUUAUAUUUGAUAGUUUUGAUGAUAAAAAAAAACCAAUUUAUCAUACAAAUGUUAUGAUGGCUAUUGGUACACAUGUUGCUAUUAUAUGUUUGGAAUCAAUUAUUGAUCAAGAACAAAGAAAUACUAUUGUAAAAUCACUUGAACAAAAUGGAAAACGAAAAAUUAUUAAUAUUACACUUGAACAAAUGAAAAAUUUUGCUGGUAAUAUGCUUGAAAUACAAAAUAAACAAGGUCAAUAUUUAUUAGUUAUGUCAAAAACAGCUUAUGAUUCAUUAAAUGAUGAACAACGAAAUUUGAUUGAAAAAACAAAUACUCAAUUAGUUUAUUUUGAUGUAUCAACUAUUGAACAAUGUGGUGGUGGAAGUGUUCGAUGUAUGAUUGCAGAAAACUUUCUUACUCAAAAUAAUUGA